CGUGGCACAAUUCCCCGUGCGUGCUUCUUCCUCCUCACCCCCAAGACGCAGACGCAGACGCAGACGCAGACGCACCACCCAUAACUCCUCUCUCUCUCUCUCUCUCUCAGAUCGAUUCUGUUUCGCGCCGAUCAUCAUCGUUAAUCUCCGCGUUCAUUCACCCCCGAAUGAUCCAUCUCCCAUCGAAUCUUAUUUGAUUCAAGGAGAAGAGAAGACUAUGGGUUCAGUUUGUUGCGUAGCCGUGAAAGACAGGAGGAAGGUCCCUCCUCCUCCCAGUAGCAGCGGACACCACCACCACGCUGCCGCCGCCGGCGCCUCUCUUCAUCGGAACUCGGCGUGCUCGCCUCAGUGGAGCUUUCGAAGGGAUGUUAAUAGGAGACGUGUUGCUGAUGAGAUCGAAGGUUCGCCUUAUUUUAGUAGAGAAGGGCUUAGUAUGGAUAAGAUGUCUUCGUUGGGAUCUGAGAGGGGGACUCGUUCUGAGGGUGGAACUCCUCCUCCUGAUGGGACUCCCUUUCUCAAGCCAGGAGCUCCGGAGAUGGGAUCCAACUCUAUGAUGGUCCCACCUUCUUCAGAUUCAUCCUUGGCAAGCCAUGACCGCAUCGAGGUGAAGAGUUUUGCUGCCUCGCCGAGUAUUGUUCCAUCAGCUCUUUCCAAGCCUUUGUUCUCCUCGCCAUCUCUCUCAACUCCUGUAUGCGACCUUUCAUCGGCUCAUACGCGUUUGCUUCCUCCUAAAUCCACACCAUCAAGACGGGCUCGGCGUUCACCGGGGCAUCAGUUGUUUAGGCAGGUUUCCGACAGUCAAAUCUUAGGAUUCAAAUCCCCGAAUAACAACUACUCAGUCUCUGAAGGGAGGUCGUCCUUUAAGCUAUCGACCUGUAGCAACGACUUCGCCAAUGGUUCCCAUUACGCUUCCUCUGAAGGUGGAUGGUCCUUGAACACCUUUUCUGAGCUCGUGGCGUAUUCUCAGAGGGAGAGAUGGUCGUUUGAUAGCGAGCACUUGGGUUCUGGUAGAAGGAAACUUAGUGGUGGUGGUAGCAGCAGAUUCUCCUUCUCUCCUUCCGUUGUCGUCGAUCAGCAGAACUGUGGAGCUUGCUCGAAGCUACUAACCGAGAGGUCUUCUGUGGCGAACUUCGAGCUCCCGAUCGCUGCUGUUCUUGCUUGUGGUCAUGUGUACCACGCUGAGUGCUUAGAGACCAUGACUACCGAGAUUGAGAAGUACGAUCCCGCUUGUCCCAUAUGCACGAUUGGGGAGAAACGGGUGGCAAAGAUAACAAGGAAGGCUCUAAAGGCGGAGGCGGAAGCGAAGGCAAAGCAUUACAAAAGGUGUAAAAACCGUGUGCUGGAUAGCUACGGCGAGAGUGAGUGCGAUGAGUUUAUGUUCCAGAAGACAGGGAAAAGAGAAGGAAAAGCUCUGAAGAUGGAGCCUAGCUCCAGUAGCAAAGGCCCCUCUAAGUCGUUCUUGAAAUGGCAUUUCGCUUCUCUCAGCUCCAAGUGGAGUAACAACCGCUCUUCCAAAGACUCUUCUUUGAAGAAAGGGUUUUGGUCUAGACAUCGUAACAACCGUUCUUCAUCAAGCAUAGAGGGACUUAACCAGACAUCUCAGCUUUAAGGAAACCUCUCAGAUCAGUGGAAUGUGAGGUUAUGUAGGAAAGCUUUGUAAAAAAAAAAAACAGAGUGAGCUUCACAGCUUUAGCCUUUAGAGCUGUGCCUUUAACUUGUUUUGUUUGGGAUAUUUUGUGUGUUUUCAGUGUAACUUAUUGGGAUGAUUUUUUAGUUUAUGAAACAAACUUUAAUCA